AUGGAGAAUUUAAUGGGAGCAUGUGCUAAAAUAUUAGAUAUGUCCGAAAACGAUCUGUCAGAUUCGCUGAUAGAAACAAAAUUAGAAUCACUAGAUGAAGACUGGCAUAAUGUACGUACUGCCUAUGAAAACGUCUAUCUUGCCGAUGACAAGGCAUUCGACGAUGAUUUUAAAAAUGUUGCGAAAUUGGAGUUUGAAUCCGCAAGGGAUCAAUACCAAUUAACUAAAUCGAACUUAAUGGAAGUUGUGAAAAAAAGGUCUCUUCAAAAGUCCACCAGUUCAGGACGAGAAGACCAAACAAAUCCUUCACUUUUUCAUAGUUCGGCCAUGUAUCCCCCAACUACGACAUUUGACAUGUCAGAAGUGUGUAUUAAAGUUCCUCCGUGUGAUACAAAAGACUUCCACGGAAGCUAUGAAGAAUGGCCCACCUUUAGGGACAUGUUUAUGGCCAUAUAUGGCAAUCACCCCAGACUGACACCAGCACAAAAAUUAUAUCACCUAAAAAAUAAAACUAAAGGUGAAGCUGGCAGAAUCGUAGACAGAUUCUCAUUGUCAGAUCUAAACUUUUCAUUAGCAUGGGACGCACUAAAGAAACGCUACGAAAACAAGCGAGUUUUGGUAGACAAUCAAUUGCGGAUUUUAUUCGAAAUAGCGCCCGCAAAAAACGAAAAUAACGCAGACAUAAAAAGGAUCCAAUUAACAAUCAGUGAUUGUCUCGCAAUUUUGAAAGCACACGACAUCAGUGUGGGCGAGUGGGAUCCAAUUUUAAUAUACCUUUGUUCGACAAAACUUCCAAUAGAAACGUUGACGUUAUGGGAACAGUCACUUGAGUCACAUGCGGACUUACCAAAGUGGUCUCAAAUGGAAGAAUUUUUGAUCAACAGACAACAAGUGUUAGAACGAAUUAGUCGUAUAAAAACACAGAAGGCUCCACAAUCUUCACGAUACAACUUCGGAGCUCAAUAUAAUACGAACACAAAUUCAAAUAGAUGUAUUCUAUGUGCAAAAAAUCAUAUACUUCGAAACUGUCCCAGAUUUAAUAAUAUGUCAGCUAGUCAGCGAAUCGAAGUUGCAAAAGAAAAACGUUUAUGCAACAAUUGUCUUGCAAGUGGACACACAAGCCAAGAAUGUGUCAGUAUGCAUAGAUGUAUGCAAUGCAGAAAAAAGCAUCAUACGAAACUGCAUCUAACGAACAAUUCGCAACAACAAUCGAGCGCUAAUAUCGUAGCGCGUGAAAACAAUUACAUUCAAUCCCGAACAGAAACACAUUUCACUACUGACGAAUCAAGCAGUGACUUGUCAUCUGGUACUAACGUUCAAACACUAGCAACAAUUAACCACGAUGACGUUAUGUUACCAACUGCUUUAGUUCAAAUUAUGCAUUCAGGACAAAAAUUCACAGUACGUGCAUUGUUAGAUUCAGCAUCUAAAAAAACAUUUAUUACAAAUAAAAUAGUAAACCGCAUAGGCAUCACCACAAAAAAGGAAGAUUUCCAAAUCAGUGGAUUGAGUGGUAUAAUAGUAACAAAUGCGAAUAAAUCUUGUUAUAUUACAUUAUGUGUCGACAAAACACCUUUCGAACUGGAAGCAGAAGUUAUAGUGGUACGAAACCUAACUAGUUUACUGCCAACUAGAUCUCUUCCAAACUCAAACACUAACCAAAUACAAGAUUUAAAACUAGCUGACCCAGGGUUUGCAGUGUCAGCUCAAAUAGAUAUGUUGAUGGGAAGUGAUGUUCUUCCAUCAAUAAUGCUGAAUGGUAUCAAAAAAAAUGUGCUAGGCAAUAUGAUAGCACAAAACUCAAUAUACGGGUGGUAUAUAUACGGACCAAUUGAAUACGACAGUAUGGCAUUAGCUACAGUCGAAGUAUCUUCGAAACGGGAAGAAGACAUAGGCGUAUUAUUACGAAAAUGGGAACAAGAGGAAGUCGAACGGGCUUAUAUUCCCACCGUAGAAGAUGAGUAUUGUGAAAACUUCUACAAGAAAACAACGUGCCGUCGGCCGGACGGUAGAUCUGAAGUAAAAUUGCCAUUUAAAAAAGAAUAUCCACAAUCCAUGUUUUUAGAAUCGUCUCGAUUCAAGGCUCUACGCCAAUAUGAAAACAUGGAAAAAAG